CGCAUCAAUCACUCGAUCCCUGUUGUGUAUCUUAUCCCUAAACUCAACACAGUCAAACAUGAUGAACGCACCGAUCGUUUUUGAGAUGCUCCCAGAUAGCCGGCCUGCACCACGCUGGAGGCACACGUAUGCGGACCAUGUCGCGAUGGUGGUUGACAAGAGAUCCGGGACCCAAUACGGAUACGCAAUAAUAAAGCACCCGUACUGGCAGAUGUACAGCAUCUUCUGCGACGAUGCAAAUGUCCGAGAUUCCCAGUGGAUAGCAGUUCAAGAACUGCUCUUGACCGUCAUCGAGCAAGGACGGAAGAAAUACCCCGACCUGCUACCUUUGAUGGGAAGUAUUGAGACGCCCAAGUGGGUGCAGUUCUAUCGAGAGCUGGCUCCAGACGAUGAUGACAAAGACAGAGCCUAUGGCCUUUACCAGUACGACCUCGGAGGCAAGAUGAGGUUCUUUAGAGACCAGGACGAGGAUGAGCUGACAUAG